UUGUGUAUCAAGAAAUGUGAAACAUCAAACAAAGUAAAGGGUAGAGCUAGUACAAAAAUUGGGAGGUUGUGGGGGGCAACAUCACACCAUCAGACAACCCCACUCCACUCUCCCCCCAUCGCUAAAAAAGCAUUUAUUGCUUGCACCCAAAAACCAAAUGCUAAAAGCCAUCUCUCCCUCUACUCUCACCCCAUACUACUCCUCCGCGUCUUCUUGGACUCUGCGCCGCGAUUGUUCCUCUCGAUUCUUCCCCAAAUUCUGCUUUUCUCUUCCGGUUUUUGUUGAUUGCGCCAACUGUUUGAUAAAUUGUCUAACUGAAGAAGAAGAUGCCUAGGCCUGGACCCAGACCGUACGAGUGUGUGCGAAGAGCUUGGCAUAGUGAAAGGCAUCAGCCCAUGAGAGGUUUGGUUAUCCAACAGAUUUUCAGGCUUGUACAUGAUAAUCACUCUGCUGCAACUAAAAAGAACAGAGAAUGGCAAGAGAAGCUGCCUCUUGUGGUCUUGAAAGCGGAGGAAAUCAUGUACUCCAAAGCCAACUCUGAGGCUGAAUACUCGAAUGUUGAGACACUAUGGGACCGAGUGAAUGAUGUUGUUGAUACGAUUAUUCGGAAAGAUGAGAGCACCGAGACUGGGGAGCUUCUGCCACCCUGUGUUGAAGCUGCACUUAAUCUAGGGUGUGUACCGGUAAGGGCGUCAAGGAGUGAACGACACAACAAUCCGAGAACUUACCUCAGAUCUUCGUAUCCAGAAUGUAACAAAAGCAUGUCUCCGAGAUUCCUAAACGACAAUGUGAAUGAACAGAAUCCUGAUUUGAUGCACGCUGCCAAGAUGCCCCAACAUGUGGAUUCGUCUCGUUUAGUUUGGGAGUCUAACAACCGAAUCACACCAAACAGUACUAACCAGCAGCAGCACAUGGCUUCUUCAUUUGAGAAGAAGCUUCAUUGUAUUGGCAAUAGAAAUGCUAUGGAAAUGGAGCGUAGUAAUGCUUGGCUGAGUAGAAGCUCAGUGUACCCCUUGUACUAUGGGAUGGAUUUCAAACCCGAGGUUUGUCAGUUGGGUUUUCAGGUAGCUCAAAAGUCGGACUCUGUCAUUAUUGGUGUGCCGGUGUUUUCAUCACCUGCUGAACCUGCUUCCGAGGUUGGGUGCUUACAGAAUCUAUUCCCUUAUGGCGAAGAUAAGUUUUUUGGGAAAAGGGCGUGUGAAGUAGCUUCCAAGGAUACCAAAGGGAAGGGACCUCAGGCCGGCUUUGACUUGUCCCUGAGGUUGGGACUCUUUUCUGAUUCGAAUUCAGGCAGGGAAGACAGCUCUGGUUUCGUUACUGAUAGCCUUGGUCGUAGGUUAUCUCCAUAUGAAGGCCUGCCCGUGGAGGAGUUCCCUUUCUUCCCUAUGGAGCCUGCCCAUAGCCAGACGUGGAUGCAAAGAAGUAACCAGAAUGAGGAGAGUGAGAAUCAGAAUGCGGAAUUAGUUUCUAGAAAGCGUAAGCUAUCAGUUAUUGGAGAUUUAGGAAAUGACCAAUUUUUCUGGUCAAAGGAUUCAACUAACCGUUUUGUUGGUCAAAUGAAAAGACCUGAUUGCAUCUUUAUGCAGUUGGAGUCUUUUAUGCCACACUUCUCUGUCCGAGUUCUUGAUAGGAAAGUAUCAGAAGCAGUUCGUGAAAAUUAAGUGACCUGCACUGGAGGUCCUACGGUAAUGAUAUGUUACAUGUUUUAAGAUAAUCGAAUGGUCCUAUUAUUCAGAAAUCUUAUGUCUAGGGUUCAUAUUCUAUUUAUUAUGCCUUUAUAUCAAGACAGCAUCGGCAACAUUAGAUUGUAAGCAUUCAAUUAUUCUGUAGCAAAAGUUAUUCUUAUUUAUAGUGGUAGCUGAGAAAAAGCUAUGAAGUUGCUAGUCAAUUCAUGAUAGAAGAAUAAAUAUUCGCCAUACCUAUCCACACUUCCACUUGUAUCCGGCAGCAGUUCAUCGUUUUACUUCUCAUUCAGUUGACAUAUUACACUGUAAAGUUUUGCAUUGUUAGGAUGAUCUUCUGUUUCCAUAGCUGCUUUCUUUAACUAUAUGGACUGAAUUUACGCCCGAGUAACCUCCUAGUGCCCAAAUUAAGGUAGACUUGACCGGGUUGAAUUCUUGGAAGGCUGAAGAAAGAAAUUGAUAUAGUUGGUCACUAACUACUAAGGUAGAUCUAUUGCUGGUUUCUCCUUUUCUAUGAUUCAUCAUGGUGAAAGGUGGCUUAUAACUUCUCUUUUUUCGAGUACUGUCACGUUCCGCCUGCAUUUUCACCUCCACGUGAAAAGAAACGAGGGAAAGUCCUAGUAAUAAUGUGGAACUUGAUGGAUUUCUUGCAUUUAUAUGUCAUGUGUAGCAGAAGUUUUUAUCCCAUCAUGAUUAUGCAUCUUUAAUUCAUAGAAAUUGUGCAUCUUCUUCAGUGCAUUAUUCUUUUUACUGUUUGCUUGGACCAUCAAUGAAUAGCCAUUAUCUUCUUGUAGCUAAAUACAUUUAUGUGAGUUUGGUCCACUUUUUUUCUGAUUGAGUGAAAAACAGCAAUUGAAGUACAGAAGACAGAGGUAAACUGUUUUUUUUUUUUUUUUUUUUUUUUUGUUGAGGAAAACAGAGGGAGUUUGUUUUACAGUAGAAAUUAUGUAUUGAAUGUGUAGUGGGUUUGAAAUGGUUGAAUUAUUAA